AUGUUUGAGGGAUCCCUGUUCACCUUUUAUAAGGAUCCUUACUGUAAGAUUCCUGUUUUCCUAAUGGGUGGAGGGUCACUGAGGGCGCAGCGAUGUGUUCUCUGGAUUGGAGGUCAGUCUGAAUCUUUCCUCUGUUUUAACUACUUCCCCAGGCUUGCAGAGAUGCUCAGUGGUGACUGGGCCUUUGCUCAAGUUGAACUCCCGAGCAGUCGCGUUGGCUUUGGUGCCCAGGACCACGUCCACGACGCGGAGGACGUGGAUGAGCUCCUCUCUAUUCUGGUGAAGGAUUACGACAUGCGUGAGAUUACACUCUUCGCGACGAGCACCGGCGUGCAGGUGGUGUUUGAGUUGCUGGCGAAUGGCCGCCACACCGCCUUCGUGACCCGCGCCAUUCUCCACGGUGUUGUCUGCGACCCGGCGAGUCCCCUCUUCACCCCCGAGGGCGUCGCCGCCCGGGCGGAAUUCGUCGCCGAACUCGUCGCGGCCGGCCGCCAGGAGGACUCGCGGGCCCUCGUCGACCACUACGACAUCCCCGUCACCCCGGCGAGACUCGCCGGCGGGGGCUUCCCGACGCUGCAGGAGGCCGUCUGGUCGCCGUGCAUGCGGGGCGAGGUGGACACGCUGCAGCAGUCCAUAGGGAGAGUGCGGGUGCCCAUGCUCAUCAUGCUCGCCCACCACGCACAGUAUAAACCAACCCCAGAGGAAGUGGAUAAAGUGGUGCGGUUGGUGCGGGAAUACGCAGGGUGUACGCAUGUCACAGUCUCCUACUUUAAGGAUACAUGUGAUGAGAGGCGAAGGGUGCUGAAGGCAGCAGAACAAGAACAUGUAGACGCUAUUCUCCACUUUCUCGCAGAAGAGGAUGACAGACGGGCAAAACAAGAAAAAGAGGAACAAUGGAGGGCGGUGGAGGAAGAAAAAAAGAGGAAAUCCAUACUUCAAGCAAAUGCGUUUGCUAAAAAUCUUGCAAGAAACAGUACGGCAUAA